CUCCCCGCUCGUGCGCACUCGUUGAUUUCCGUUCAUCGUCGGUAUCAGAUCGUGAACAUGGCGACUGUCUCCUUACGAAAGUCUGCGACCUCGUUGUUGUUAUUUAGCAGAAGGUUAUUGAAGCCGGAGCUGACUGCUCUCUGUUCAUAUCACAAAAAGGUGGUAGACCACUAUGAAAACCCAAGAAAUGUGGGCUCUCUAGACAAAAACUCCAAGAACGUGGGGACAGGGUUGGUGGGUGCACCAGCCUGUGGUGAUGUAAUGAAACUUCAGAUCGAGGUGGAUGAAAAUGGGAAGAUUGUGGAUGCAAAAUUCAAGACAUUUGGCUGUGGAUCAGCCAUCGCCUCCAGUUCUCUAGCAACAGAGUGGGUCAAGGGGAAGUCGGUUGAUGAAGCUCUGAAGAUAAAAAACACAGAUAUUGCUAAAGAACUCUGCCUUCCUCCAGUCAAGCUUCAUUGCUCUAUGCUUGCAGAAGAUGCCAUAAAAGCAGCGCUGUCAGACUACAGACUGAAACAACAGGACAAGAAGGAGGAGCGUGUUAAAGCCACCAGUUAAUAUGUUGUUAUUAACUGUCCAGAAUGGGGUAUCGCAUUGAUAUCUCAGCACCAGCUAAUGUCUCGCAGCAGCACAGUGCUGUAUGGAAGAUGAGUUGCUAUAAUCAUACAUCAGGUCUUGCACCCUUCUGGGAAUUCUGGGAGUUUUAUAGCCUUUAGAAAUCUCCGUGGUUGUGGGGUCAGUCUCUUGAAUUGAAGUCAGGGUACCCAUAUGUUCAAGUGCCAGAUGUUAACGAUGUCUAUGGAUUAAUUCCGUCAGAUGAUCAGAAAUGUUUUUUAAUUGGUGCCGGUGUGGGAAGUCCAUGGUGAAUAUAUCAAGACAAUUCUGAUCUUUAAGGGAGCUCAGUGCUGUUCCCUACUCUUCAGUGCUUUUCUACACACAACACAACAGAGAUGUAUAAUAAAUCAGAAAGUAUAGAUCAAGCUGAAUUUUUGUUAUGUAUAAUUUUUGGCAGUAAGGCUUUAUUUUUGGCUUGACUAUAAAAACCAUUGCUCCGUUGUGGAGGAUUCAAUAUGAAAAUGCAUGUAGGUCAACAACAGCUUAAGUACACAUACAAAAACAUAACAAAGAAUAUUGUAUGAGGCUGUGCUUAUUGUGAAUUAAACGAUUAAAAACA